AUGCAUAAAAAGUUAAAUAACAAUAACGUUGCCGAUGGGCUCUACUAUGCUUGGUAUACUUUGAGGCUUGAAGUUCGUACUCGAUCAAUCCCACUAUUGAGGUGCUCUUUGGCGGGAAGGGUCUCUUCUCCUCUGGUUUUCUCUCACUUUCAGUCUGUCUUCAGACCAGCAGUACGCUAUCUUCAAUCUGUUAACAUACUCAGAGCUUGCCAACAGCCUAUACUUCGUCGUAAUAUGGAUUUCUAUAUCAAUGUACCUCCUCCUGUGCAUUAUCUUGAUGUUACUGAAGCGUUCAAAUCACUUAGCAAUACGGAAAAGGAUUAUGUUUUCAGCUGCACACAAGCCUCUUGGAUUGGAGGUCUCAUAGGAUUAAUUCAAACAUCUCCUGAGUCUGCUGGAAUAUUUUUGUUUGUCAGUCGCUUUUUCCACUUGGAAAACGUAAAUUCCUUUGUUGAAAAAGCAACGAAAAACAAUUUUUCCGAUGAAGAAAUAACCCACAUUUUAUCUUAUUUUGCCUCAGUACUGGGUAAUUUCGGGAAUUACUUGUCUUUUGGAGACACCAAGUUCAUCCCAGCUAUCAAUGUUGACAGGGUAACAGAAUUUUUAUCCUUGAGCAGUGAAUUUUCCAACUCAGAAACUGGUCUUAAAGCUUUAUGGAAAGAAAUAGCUCCGGCCAUGUAUUCGUUAAAUCCUCGCCGUUUACGCCUUGGUUUUGGUCCCACUGAAAUAACGUCUUAUUACUCUGAAGACUGUAUUCGGAGUGAUGCUGAACUAGUUCAAAAGUAUCUGGAAAGCAUAAAAACUGAAGCCUAUAAUACCCGACUUUUUAAGAGUAGUAACUCUAACUCCAAGGUUUAUUCGAUUCGGUUUGCAUCGGCUGAAAAGAAAAUUCAACCUGCUCAUUUCGAUGCUCUUCCUUUGGGAACUUCUUUGCAGCUCGAGUACGGUGAUUACUGCGAACUUAUGAAGUUACUGGUUGACUGCUCUUUAGAUGCCAAAUCACACUCUCUUAACAAAAUCGAAUCAGAAAUGUGGGACCAUUACGCUCAGAGCUUUUGUACUGGGUCCUUGGACGCUCACAAAGAUGCUUCUAGACUAUGGGUCAAGGACAAAGGCCCUGUAGUUGAAAAUUACAUUGGAUUUAUAGAAACUUAUCGUGAUCCUUUAGGUGUACGUGCAGAAUUCGAGUCAUUUGUCGCAGUUGUAAAUCGAUCAAUGUCAUCUAAAUUUCAGCGGCUAGUAGAUAAUGCUGUUGAAUUGCUGUCUCAUUUGCCAUGGCCUUCUACCUACGAAAAAGACAGGUUUUUACAACCAGACUUUACAAGUUUGGACGUAGUAACGUUUGCAACCUCAGGAAUCCCCGUUGGAAUUAACAUUCCUAACUACGAUGAUGUGCGCCAAGUUGAUGGAUUUAAAAAUGUAUCUUUGGGAAAUGUACUCAGUGCUCGUUUCAAGGACCCUAAAUCAGAAUUUAUUCGAGAGGAAGACAAAAAGUUGUAUGUGGAUCAUGCGGAGAGUUCUUUCGAACUACAAGUUGGACUUCAUGAAUUGUUAGGCCAUGGUUCUGGGAAACUGUUUCAACGUAGUGGCGAUGGAACACUAAAUUUUGACACAAAUUCUACGAAAGAUAUCAUUAGUGGAGGUCCCAUAUGUAGUUGGUAUGAACCAGGCGAAACAUACGACAGUAAAUUUUCGAGUUUGUCUUCGGCAAUUGAAGAAUGUCGAGCUGAAUGUGUUGGAAUUUAUUUAUGCAAUUUACCACUCGUAUUGGAACAGUUUAAUCUUAAUACUAAUUGCUCCACAGACAGUGUUCCUGAUGUUGUUUACGUUAAUUGGUUGUCCAUGGUUCGUUCGGGUGUAACUUCUAUGGAAUUCUAUUCACCUGCAGAAAAUGCCAGUGAUAUUGGUUCGUGGCGUCAAGCACAUUGCUGUGCUCGUUAUGCAAUUUUGCGGGUUUUAAUUGAAGCUGAUAAUUCUCUGGUACGUGUAGACGAAAUAGUUGGUGAUGAUGGUGCACCUGAUUUAACUAUUUUCUUAGAUCGUCAAAAGCUUUUGACAGUUGGUCGUCCGGCAAUUGGCGAAUUUUUACGAAAAAUUCAGUAUUAUAAAAGUACAGCCAAUGCUAAAGAUGGUUGCGCUUUCUUCCAACAUUAUUGUCAAUUGCUACCAGAACAUAUUAAAUUGCGCCAAAUUGUGAUUAAUCGCAAAAAGCCCCGACCUAUUUUUGUUCAACCUGGACUCCGUAAAACCCCUCACGGUGUUGAACUGAUAUCAUAUCCUACAACUUAUCCCGGUGUAAUACAAUCAUUCGUGGAUCGUUACAGUGAUUUACCCCUUGGGCAGAAAGCCAUUGAAGCACUAGAAACAAUUUGGCGCCGUGAACUUCCGUAUUUCAAAAACAUACCUCUUUAA